AUGCCGACUCUCGGAUUCCUCAAAAAGAAAAAGACGAAGGAGCAUGAUCCAAGUUCCCCAACCUCAACCACCGAGAGCUCUCCCGUCACCCCCACUUCAGCUGGCGGCCACAAGAGCUCACUCACAUCGGCUUCGGCAAAUACGUUGAGCUCGACCAACAGCUCUAACAGGGGAGGGGAGACCAUGCUUGUGACUCAUACAACUUCACAGCUUACCUCGGCCCCGCGAAGUGGAGGGCAAGAUCCAUUGAACGAUGGCUCGCUGCUGUCCCAAGCCGAAACCCAAACCAAUGGAUCAAGCAUCAGACCGAUCUCUACCACCUCGACUGCCACCUCCCAGACCGCCGCCUCGCGCACCACAAAAGGAAAAUAUUCGCUGACAGAUUUCACACUAAAAAGAACGCUGGGAACAGGAAGCUUUGGAAGAGUGCACCUGGUGCAGUCUAAUCAUAACCAACGCUUCUAUGCUGUCAAGGUCCUUAAAAAAGCACAGGUGGUGAAGAUGAAGCAAGUGGAGCAUACCAUCGAUGAGCGGAGGAUGCUGCAGAAGGUGAAGCACGCCUUCUUGGUGACGCUGUGGGGAACCUUCCAAGAUUCCAAGAACCUCUACAUGGUCAUGGAUUUCGUUGAAGGCGGAGAGCUAUUCAGUCUUUUGCGCAAGUCGCAGCGUUUCCCAAACCCAGUGGCCAAGUUCUAUGCGGCCGAAGUUACCCUUGCCCUUGAUUACCUCCAUGCCCAAGGGAUCAUAUACCGCGACCUGAAGCCUGAAAACCUGCUACUGGACAGGCACGGCCACCUGAAGAUCACAGAUUUUGGAUUUGCCAAGGAGGUACCAGACAUUACCUGGACGCUUUGCGGCACACCGGAUUAUCUUGCGCCUGAGGUUGUAGCUUCGAAAGGUUACAACAAGUCGGUAGACUGGUGGUCCUUGGGAAUACUGAUAUUCGAAAUGCUCUGCGGAUUUACCCCAUUCUGGGACGGAGGCUCGCCAAUGAAGAUCUACGAGAACAUCCUGAGAGGCAGGGUGAAGUAUCCUCCAUAUAUACACCCAGAUGCACAAGACCUUCUACAGCGACUCAUUACGCCUGACCUUACCAAACGGCUGGGGAACUUGCAUGGCGGCUCAAAGGACGUGAUGAACCAUGCUUGGUUCGCUGAGGUGACAUGGGACAGGCUGGCGAAGAAAGACAUCGACGCUCCUUACGUGCCCCCUGUCCAAGGUGGGGUGGGUGAUUCGAGUCAAUUCGACAAGUAUCCAGAAGAGACGGAGAAAUACGGAGAGAAAGCCCCCGAUCCACACGGUUACCUCUUCAGGGACUUUUAA